AUGAGAGGAAAGAAGAUCCCUGCGCCGCCCCGGCCGCGGGGGAGGCGCCGCCCGGAGCUCCGCCCACUCCGUCCCCGGGACUCGCAGGCUCCGAACCAGGCGGGUCCCGGCGCCGCCGCCUCCCCCGCAACCCGCGGAGGAGCCUGCGUCACCCCCGCUGACCCAGCGCGGGGCCCGGGGGUGCGGAACCGGCCUCCUCCGUCUUCUGAGCUCUCGGCCGCCCUUUCCGACCCUGCGCCCUGCCGGCGUCUCUCGGCUCCCGCGGGGGCACGCGGCCUGGGGCACGGAUCCGGGCGGCCGUGGUGCUCGAUCCUCAGGCUCAGGCCGCGGAGCUGGAGCGCGUGGGCGGCGGGCCCCGGGAGGAGCCGCGGGGAGCACCCGCACCCGCACCUGCACGCCCCCGGGAAGAACCGCCCGGAGCUCCUGCACCUGCACCUGCACCUGCACCUGCUCCCGGGGCCCGCGAAGAGCUGUGGGCGGCGUGCCCCGGGAAGAACCGCGGGGAGCACCUGCACCUGCAACCGCACCUGCACCCGGGGCCCGCGAAGAGCCGUGGACGGCGGGCCCCGGGAAGAACCGCGGGGAGCACCUGCACCUGCACCUGCACCUGCACCUGCACCCGGGAAGCCCUCCACACCAGCUGCGUUUCCACGAUCCUCGCGUUGUUCCAAGUGUUACCGACCCGGCAACAGCUUCGCCUCCCCGCCUUGUGUGCGGGCCGCGGCCGGGCGUGAGGCAACCACCAGAGGAGUAAAGGAGCCCCUUGGGCCAGCCGCCCUGCAGAGCCUCCUGAGACACGGAGCCGGAGCCCCAGGAUGCAGCUCCGCUGGGAAGUGGCGAGGUUCCAGGUGGACACAGGUCCAGGAUGACUACCUGCAGACCUCCACAGAUGUCACUAGCAUUUCCCUCCCAUGGAACUCCUGUGUCUUAGCCAACCUAAGUCAGGUGUGCGAUAGCAGGUGUCCUGUGCUAGGAAGAGACGGAUGGGUUUGACCACUACAGAGUGAGCUUUCUUGGAGCCAGUGAACUAAACUCAUCACUCAAUACCCAAAUCUCUUCUCCAACACCUUUACAGAGAAAAGGUCCAAAGGAGUUUCCGUCUUCAGUGACUGUGAGUUCAUUGCUUAUCCAAGGAGCCUUUCAUUCUGGCAAAGUAUUAGAGCAGUAGUUGCUGAUGUUCCUGGAAUUCCAGUUCAAGGAAAGGUAACCAGUGUUGUGUUUAAAAACAGACACACUGGAGGCACUUGGGUGACUCAGGUGGUUGACUAUCUCUUGAUUUUGCGGAGGUCAUGAUCUCAGAGUGGGGAGAGGGAGCCCCUGUGUUGGGCUCAGCAUGGAUUCUGCUUAAGAUUCUCUCCUUCUUCCUUGGCCCUUCUCCCCACACACAUACACACACCUCCCCCUUGCAGGGACGUAUUUUUUUUCUCUCCCUCAAAAAAAAAAAAAAAAAAAAAAAGAAAAAAGAAAAGAAAAGAAACACACACACACACACACGCCACACUUCAUUACAAAAUUAUCUUUAGAUACAUAUGUAAGAAAAAGUACUGCACACAUUUGCAAUACAGUUGCUAUUGUUUGGUGAUGUUUCCCAAAGCCAUUCAGGAAGUGCUUCAGAGAACACCUGAUGCCUGAACCCAGGUAUCUAGUUACCUCCCACUGGUCCAAUUUCUACCCUGUGCAGCAAAAAAGAGGAAGACAAGGGGAGUGACCCCUCUUUUCUUAAAUUAAGAGCUAAAGAGAAUUCUGCUUCUCCAUAUCCAUCCCAAAGAGUCAUCAUCCAGUGUUCUUUAUCCCAGAAAAAGUGAGAUGGCAAUUCUACCUAAAUUGACCUACAAUGGCCUCUGACCUUCAACAGAGAUAAAAAGGAUGGCUUCCAUAUUAACAUAGGCCCUCCUAGCCGAUAAAAAAUAGUAUCAUGUCAUAAUCUUUCAUUAACUCAACAUUUACCAAGCACCUGGUAGCCAAGUACAUGAAAAGUGCCAGAGAAACAACUUUUUUUAAAAGAUUUUAUUUAUUUUAGAGAGAUAGAGUACCCACAUGAGUGGGCAUGGGGAAGGGCAGAGGGAGGGAAUCUCAAGCAGACUUUGGGCUGAGCCAGUAGCAGGGUCUGAUCUCACAACCCUGAGAUCAUGACCUGAGCUGAAAUCAAGAAUCCAAGGCUUAAGUGGCUGAGCCACCGAGGCAUCCCAGGGAUAUAAUUUUUUUUAAAGGAAAUCUUUAUUAUAAUAAUGUAUAUUAUUAGAGUAAUAACUUUUCUUGAAGGUCAUAUUCUAGACUUUAGUCUAAGCAUCAUUUGUGGAUUACCUCGUUUAAUCCCUAUACCCAACCCUGCAAAGUUGAUACUAUAACUGAUAAGGGAACAGAGGUGAAGCAACAUAUCCUAGGUCAGCACAGGUAGAGCUAUAGUCUGUAGUCAGAACCUGGAUUCUUAGAGAUUGCCAUGGUCUUGGAAAGUACACAUUCUAAUGAGGUUCGAUCUUUAGUGUACCAGGAUUUCCCAAAUUAUCUUACGUAUUUUAUCUUAUCUUCCAAUUAAAAAUUCACCUUCUGUUUAGACUGGCACUAUCCAGAAUAGGUUUUUUUGUGUGUGUGAUAAUGGAAGUGUUCUAUUCUGUUCAAAAGAGUAGUCAACUAGCCAUCUAUGGCUCUUCAGCAUUUAAAGUAUGACUAGUGGAAUGAAAAAACACAUUUUUAGGGAUCCCUGGGUGGCGCAGUGGUUUAGCGCCUGCCUUUGGCCCA